GUGGAAUACAAAACUGUUCUUAGAAUGGAAACUAUCGAGGUCAUCUCAACUGACACUACAGCUGUCAUCCAAGUGAAUCCACAGGCGCAUCAAGACAGCACUAUUUUUGUUGAUGGACAGAAGGCCACAAGUCACAAUGCAGCUCUUAAAGUAUUUUUCAAAGCACAACCAAAGGCAUUAGGGACUGUCCAGAUAUUGAUUGGAGUGAUGAUCUUCUUUAUUGGUUUUCUACUCACCAUCAUUUACCCUAAUAUUGUAAUCAUAAGUGGAAUAACCUACUGGGGAUCUUUCAUUUACAUCAGUGCUGGAUCUCUGUCUGUUGCUGCACAGAAUAAACUAAAUCUGUGUCUGGUGAAAGCCUCUCGUGUAAUGAAUGUGAUCAGUGCUAUAACUGCAGGACUCACCAUUUUUCUGAUGUCCGUAGAAAUAACAGCAUUAGUGGGGGAUCCAUUAUAUCCUGAGGGUUUGCGGAUCAUUGUAAUAUUGCUGGUGUUCACCAUUCCUCAGUUCAUCAUCUCCAUCUGUAUCUCAGGAUUUGCCUGCAAAGCAACAGAAAUGAAUGAUCUGUUAACCAUUAUAUAUGUAAAGAAUGUAAAGGAAAUAUAAAGCAACCAUAAUAUUUCAUAGUAAGCUGACUUUAAUCUUAGUGCACAUCAUAGUGUGUGAAAUAGAUAUAGGAACUAUAAGCCAAUCACAACAUGCUUCAUUAUAAACUACAGCCUUUAUCUUAAAUCUAGAUUACUUUUUCAUUUAUAAAUGACAGUACAGCCUAUAAAAUAUGGUGUUUAUUGUCUGUGGUUCUUGUAAGCACAAAUAAAGCUGAUAACGAAUCUGAGACUUUUGUGUACUAACAUGUCUUAUCUGUUAAUUUCAUUUCAAGGGAUUUUGUGAAGAAUAUUAUUUGUGCAUAUUUUAUAAUUAUUGGAAAAGUGAACUAAUUGUGCUUCUGCAUCAGUCAAGACCCAAUGUUUUGUUCAUUUCAUGUUUGACCUGGACAAAGAUUGUAUUUGUUAACCAAGAGUCUGAAUGAUUAUAUCCUAGAGUCAUCAGAGAGACCAGCACAGUGAUUGACAUACUGUGAGAAUUGAAAUAAAAAUAUUUUUAUUGUU